CCACAAUUUUUCUGCGCGAAGCGAGAUCACAUCCGGUUUUUGUUGAACUUUGAGAUCUGAUUUGUUGUAAACAUUGAUCCUGAGUUCUGCGAGUAAAUUUUACUCAGUUAAUGCGGUGCUAAUAAUUAAUUAAUUGUUAAAGAAUGUGACAACAUUGAUUAGAUUAGGCAACACAGUUAUCAAAAUUCCAAACUUUUAUCGACGAGCUAGAUCGUCUAAUUAAAUUAAUUGGUUUUAUCAAAAAAACAUUAGCCUCACUCAUUCAAUUAAGAUGAAGAAAGGACAGAUUAUCGUGAAUUUGGCCUGCAUUCUUUUUGGGGUCGGGACUUGGCUUUGCGUAAAUGGCCUUUGGGUGGAACUUCCGCUGUUGGUGGAUCGUUUACCUGAGGGGUGGAAACUCCCUUCGUAUAUGGCUGUGAUUAUCCAGCUGGCAAAUGUGGGUCCAAUUGCCUACACAAUUCUCCAUUCACUUUUCCCAGCAGUGGUCACAGAGAAACGGAGCAUUUACGCCGUGAUGGGCUUGGCAGUUAUCACUUUACUACUGUUGGUGCAGUUCUGGAUGAAAACGGCCAUCAUUGGCGGAGUGGAACACUCUGUUGCGUUCUUUGGUCUCGUGUUGAUAUUGGCAGCAGUCGAUUGUUCUAGCCGAGUGAUGUAUUUGCCAUUCAUGGCGAAAUUUAAACCACAAUAUUUGACAUGCUUUUUUAUCGGUGAAGGCCUGAGUGGUUUUGUCCCAAGUAUAUUUGCAGUUAUCCAAGGAACAGGAGGAAAUCGCAAUUGCAUGGUCAUCACUAACUCAACUGAAAUGGAAAAUAAAACAGCAGCAGCAGUCCAUCAACCACUCUUUUCAAUAGAAGUGUUCAUGUAUUUGAUGACGUUCGUGACAGUGUUGAGUGGAAUUGCAUUUUAUCUUUUAAACAUAGAUUCCAUUAUAUCCAAAUGUCUUGCCCAUCCGACGACAGAAGUGAAACCUAUUCUACUAAAUAAUCAUCCAAGGACUCAAUUUUAUAACUCUACAGGAGGAGAGGAAACUACUGGAGAAGGAGCUUUAAUGUCUAAUGUGGUCAAUACUGAUUCUUAUCCAGUUUUAGUAGACCCAACAACAGAAAACUUGCAAAUUCCAAAAAGUGAAUCAGUUUCAUUGAUGAUUUUAUUAACAAUGAUUUGUAUUUUGGCAAAUGGAGUAUUUCCAUCAAUACAAUCGUAUUCGUGCCUACCUUAUGGUUACGUUACCUAUCAUUGGGCCGUAACGUUAUCUGCAAUGGCAAAUCCGUCCGUGUGCUUUCUUAUGUUAUUUCUCAAGAAGCCAAUAAAGGCGAUUCUCAUUUUUGCGUCGAUUGGAUCUUUCGCUGUUGGUUCAUACAUUCUGAGCACUGCAAUUGUGAGUCCACUUCCAUCAUUUGUUGAAUCCAUUGGUGGACAAGUUCUUUUGGUGACAUCAUGGAUACUGCUCGUAGGAUUAUUUACCUACGUUAAGGUAUCAAUUGCCACAAUUAUGCGAAUCAAUGGAAAACGUGGUUUAUUUUGGACGGGUGUAUUUACACAAGUUGGAUCUAUUAUUGGUGCUUUAAUCUCAUUCUCGGUUGUCAACUUUACACAAAUAUUCCAAACUUAUGAUCCAUGUGCAUGAGUAGCGUUAUUUAUGACAAGUGGUGCUUUAAGUUAAGCUUUAAGUUAGGUGUUAUAUGACAGGUUUUACCGUGUAGUUAGUAAAACUGUACAAAUGAUAUUAGUUAAGUUCAUGAUAUUUACUGCAGACAGGGUAAUUAAUCUGUAAAAUGUGAUAUGUAAAACUAUUUUGUUAUUUGUAAACUGUAAUAAAUUAUACUAUGAACGAA